AAAACUACUUGCAUGGCACACUCUGUACAGGAUACGAGUAGAAUGAAUGCUGCAGAAUCUUCUACAGAGGUUGCAGAGUGUGCUCAACCAUCGAGAAGGAAGGACUUGACAAAUUCUCUUGAACAAAAGAUAAGGUGCUUGGAAAAACAGAAAAAAGAGCUCCUGGAUGUGAAUCAUCAAUGGGACCAGCAAUUUAGAAGUAUGAAAGAGUUACUUGAAAGAAAGGUGGCAGAGCUGAAAACGAAACUGGACGCCGCGGAAAGAUUCCUCAGCACUGCGGAGAAGCAGCAGCAACAGGAGAAGCGAGCCAGCGACCGGCAGCGGGAGCUGGCCCUGGGUCUCCUGCAUCGCAAAGAGAAGGAAAAAGAGAGCCUAAGUGGAGAAAUACAAGAGUUGAAGAAAGAGAAUAAGCUUUGGAAGGAAAAAUUUGCUCUUGCAAACAAGAAGAAGGACCAGUAUGAAUGUGAAAUUAAGCGGCUCAAUAAGGCUCUUCAGGAUGCCUUGAAAAUCGAGAGCCCCCCAUUUCCCAAGCACUGCUUGGGGAAGUCUGAGAAGGACUGCAAUCAUGAGGAGUUGCGAACAGAAAUGGAAGUUCUCAAACAGCAGGUGCAAAUAUAUGAAGAAGACUUCAAAAAGGAACGAUCGGACAGAGAAAGACUUAAUCAAGAGAAAGAGGAGCUACAACAGAUAAACCAAACUUCCAGAUCCCAGUUGAGCAGGCUGAAUUCUAAGAUAAAAGCUUGUCAGAUGGAGAAAGAAAAACUAGAAAAGCAAUUAAAACAGAGAUAUUUCCCAGCCUGUAACUGCGUCUUGGGUUCCCAACACCUGAGGGACCCCAGCACUCCCACAGGCCCUGGGGCCGUGCAGAAGCCACAGAAGCUUCAGCCAGACUAUCAGUGGUAUGCUCCUGACCAGUUUCGGCCAGAUGUGCAGCAGAAGGCAAAUGAAUCUGCUGUGAGUCUUACUUCUUGUUCCUAUGCAUCAUACCUGGCAGCCCAGGGCUACGAUCGUAAUCCCACUUCCAUCUUAUCACCUCCAAUCCAAGACCAGUAA